AUCGGUGGCAGAUUCGUUGAAGAAGGGCGAAAAAGUGGAAGCAGAGUCAUUCGAAUGCGUCACGAUAUAUUUCAGCGAUAUUGUAGGCUUCACAGAACUGUCAGCCGUCAGUACUCCACUACAAGUCAUCGAUCUACUCAACGACCUUUAUACAUGUUUCGAUUCGAUCAUAUCUCACUACGACGUGUACAAGGUCGAAACUAUCGGUGACGCUUACAUGGUGGUCAGUGGGCUCCCCAUAAGGAAUGGCGACCGACACGCUGGAGAAAUAGCUUCCAUGGCCCUGCAUUUACUGAGUAAAAUCAAGAAGUUCGAGAUCAAGCACCGUCAAGGAGAGGUUCUUCAGCUAAGGAUUGGAAUUCACUCAGGCCACGUGGUGGCUGGGGUUGUUGGGCUGAAGAUGCCCAGGUAUUGUCUGUUCGGAGACACCGUUAACACAGCUUCGAGGAUGGAAAGCUACGGGGAAGCCUUCAGGGUACACAUAUCCCACGCCACCUACAUGUUGCUUCAACGACUGGGGGGCUACACUUGCGAGGAAAGGGGGAUCAUUCAUAUAAAGGGUAAAGGAGAGAUGCACACCUAUUGGCUGGUUGGUGAAGAUCCCGGGCAUAGACUUGCUAGGAUAAGGGAAGAAAUCGUUGGUUCGUCAUUAUUCAGUAGUGUAAGCUCUGAACGACUGAGCAGCAAAACUCCUGACCUUCUUAGAAGAACUGGCGUAAGUCUUGAAGACGAGCCUAGUCUGUAUGAACACUGUCCUUCGUCUCACUCCCAAUCGGUGUGUCCAGUGUUACAGCUGCAUCAGAGAGCCAGGAGGGCCUUCUAUCCUUGUAAUAGUCAGGACACUGUGGAUGGCAGCUACAAUAUGCUGUGUCCUGAGAUGUACAAGUACCACCUAUCCAGGCUGGACUAUGCCUGUUCCCACAGGAACCCCAGAUCUGCUCCUGCCAUCACAUUCACGGAAAACAAUGAGAAUUUUAUGUGA